CAACAUCGGUGGAUUUUUCAACAGGAAUCCAUCAACUUGUUGUGUUUACUUCAGAUUUCUUUCGGCAGAUCCUAUGAGUACUCAGAUGGAAGUCUUGCGCUGCUUCAAUUGUGACCACACCGGUAGAAGGCACGAGGAUUUUUUCAAUAUUACUAAAAUUCAUCCGUCAUUUGCUGAGAAAGCAGACUCGGAAAGUGAAGAACAAGAACAUGACAAGUUUUUGAGAGAAAACGCUUUCCUAGUGUGUGGCGAUUGCGUCUACGAUCGUCUGCAAGAGUGUCAUAGCUGUGCCAAGAAAGCGCCACUGUGCAUGUUCAAAAUUGCGGAGUGGUUCACUGACAAGAAAAAUCGGAUUUGUAUCGAUUGUGCCGCAACUCUCGAGGCGCUUGGAUUAUUUCAGACCGGCUAUCAUUCCAGUGUAAUCAUUCGCCAGUGCUCGGUUUGUCGCCAUUUUAAGUAUUUACCUUCGUUUAUCAGUUGGAGAAAGCAUCAGCCGCACGAAACAUUGAAAGAUUGCUUUGAAUGCCAACUCCGGCGAGAUAUCGUGCAAUAUAAGAGGAAAGUUCGAGAUCGAUACGAAGAAAAACUUCAACAAGAACCUGUUCUUGGUGAUGACAUCCAACCGUCAAGGACAGGUGGCAAAGAACGGUUUGGGAAGGCACUCGCCCAACAGGGAGCAACUUACGCGUCUGUUGUUUCAAAAGGAUUCACUAAUGGUAAAUCGUCCUAUACUAAGAGCGACGAAGGCCAUUUGGGAACUAAACAAAACACUGCACAUCUAAACGUUCCGAUCGAAAGUGGGCAGCAGAGAGGAAAGAGUCUUAGCACUGGUUUGGAAGAAUGUUUUUGUAUAAAAGUACUUGAGGCUCUGAAGACUUCAUUCAGCCAGCUAGAGGAAAAAACUAAGCUAGAGCUCAAGCUUUUGCAAUCAGAUCCACAUUUUUGGAAGGUUGCACUGAGGGACAAACUUUUGAGAGUUUCACAACUAUUUUCGAGCCAGGCAACUGACCAGAUUCAGUUUAAUGAUGCAGAAUCACGAUGGGCUUAUCUUGGAACUUAUACAGCAGCCCAUGCUACCUUGAUUCAUGCUGUUGUGACGUCAGGUCAAUUUGAGCCUCUCACAGAGUUUGUAAGGAAAAGUCAAGAUCUAGAGAGGUUGCAAGUAUGCUGCCUUGGUGCAGGACCUGGUAGUGAGAUUCUAGGUCUCUAUCAGCUGCUUCCAUCCAAGACUCAGUGGUUACUUUUAGACAACUGUGAGCAAUGGUCACACACAGCUCAGAUUCUAUUGCAAGAUGUCUGCAAUGUAUCUUUCCAGUACAGUGCUUUUGACAUUUGUAACAGUGUCAGCCAUAGAAGCAGGGGAAAUUCACCACCAUCACCAAACUAUGCUUUCAAGAAGGCAAAGUUGUUCCUGCUAUCAAAAUUUGUGUCUGCUGUCCAGAAUCUUCCUGGAUCUUUCCAGUAUCUUCGUGACAUUAUUAAGCGAGCCUCUCGAGGGUCAUUGUUCCUUUUUGUGGACAAUGCUCACAUUCAAACCAAGAACUUCAUAGAAGACUUGAUAUUCCCUUCACAUGACAGCACAGAGCAAGAGGAGUACAAAGAAAACAAAUCAUUUAGGUUGUAUACUACUUAUGCAGAACUUAACUCCGAUCGUGAGGAAGGUUUAAAAUCGGCUGCUAUGUGUGAAUGGGUAAGUCUUAUCAGUUACUGGCUGGACAGGAACCCAAUACUGGACUUGAGGGUUAAUGUUCAUCUGGCUGUCAAAAAGGUGUGAGAGAUACAAACAGAAGACAACAGCUACAGCCAUAAUUAAGUAUACCUGAUAUUUUAUAGUUUGUAAAGAGUGUUUUUUAUUUUGAAUUUUCCCUAAGGGAUAUAUUAAUGAAAUUUCUAUUUAUUGAACAGUAAUAUUUACUUACAUUUGUUUAAAAUCAUUUUUUUUACUGUAUUUUGCCUGUAAUAGAGAUCUGUUUCAUGUACUUUAUUUGCCUUAAAGGACCAGUACAUGAGGAGUCACAGAUACAAUUUGCUAUCUCUUUAAAAUUCUCAUUUGUAAAUCUAUUAGAAAAGGGAAAGGCUUGGUGUUUUGGGUAUCUAGCAAACAAACAAACAAACAAACAUAAAGAAAUAAAAACCAAUUUCCUAGAUAACAAUAAGAGACUGGAAAAAAAAAGCAAAAGAAGGAAAAAUGAAAAAAGAGUCAAUUGUGAUAGCUAAGAAAUAAUCUUCUUACCAGGGAAAUCCAUCUUGACACAAAAUAGUAAAACAAAACUGUUUUAUAAAAACAUGUGAAGGUUCUAAAUUUUUUCUUGGACACAAGCAAGGAAAACUGGACUUAUUCCACUAAGGCAAGGGUUUUAAGGUAACCAUCCCUAAAGAGAUAUUUAUCCAUGCUGUGGAACUUGUUGACACAUUACUAUUUUUUAAUUUAUCAAGACAAAACCACCAUUGACAAUCUUGGGGUUUGUCGUAAUAUAACCUUUUCAAUGUUUCAAGGUGACAUAAAAAGAUAUUGUGUGAUUUUACUCUUUGUACAUUUUAAAUUUCUUUUCAAACUGUAACUGAAUCAGUUAACCAUUUUGACAUGUCUUUGGCAUAUAAUUUUUUUUUUUUUUUUUAAAUGUGAGGAGUUACUAUCUGUUGGUUUAUUUAAUGAGCGCAUUUUCAUGAUGUUGUUUUAUUUUGUAUUUUGGAAAGCAAUUUUUGGCAAACAUAUGUAAAUUAGGCUGGCUCUAGUUACAUUGUGCCAUGGGCUUUUCUGUUACUUUGUACCUGUUCUUUAGUUGAAUCUUAUCACCACUUUACUUCCAAACCAAACUUGCACAUCCUAUGCAACCAGGUAUAGACUUCCUGGUUGUCCAAAAUAUGGAUCCUGCUUUUUAUUUGGAUAAAGUGGUGUUUGUUGUAUAGUUGGUAACUUGUUUUUGUGAGAGAUAUAAGAACUCUUCCAUCCCACUGCUGGAUAGCGAUUUAUCCAGCAAAGAUACUCAGCCUGAACAAUCAGGACUAGUCUGUAUUGGUAGUAGACACAUGAAUAUGUAUGCACUUGUGUGUAUUCUAUUCAGGAGAUAUUUAUUCUGGACUGAUUGGUAAAACCCCUUUAGUCAAAGAAUUUUUCCUUGCCAAACAAACUGGUUUGGUACCAUUAACAGUCCAUUUGUGAUAUGACUCAAUCUAUAUCUGACCAACAUUGCGAGACAAUCAGUAAUACCUUGUAAUGAACUAGCCAUGUAAAAAUUAUAAAAAGCAACAAAAAAUCAAAGAUUUUACAACUGUGAUGUACAUGUUUGUACAAAAAUUAAUAAGAAACUUAAUUGGGUCUUUAGCUGUUCAUGUGCGUCUAGUCAAGGAUAGUCUGACUAGCACUUUGACCCCUAAUAGUGAUAACUAGAUGAAUUAUCCCCCAAUAGCACUGUCAAACAGACAAAGGACUAGAACUAAUGAAUUAUAAACAGAAUAUUGUCUUUACAUAGCCCUUAAUGCGUAUGAUUAGCCUACAGGUACUGUAAAUGUAUGACCAUGAGUUAAGGAAAUUACAUACCAGUAGCUUUAAGAUGUCCAGAGGAGGACGUUAAGUUGGGUUAAGAUUUCUUUGGAAAUUUUCAGAGUGGUUUAAUUGACAUCAUUCCCAGGAGGAAGAUGUUCAUUGAUAGUUUGUUUUAAAGUGUACUUACUAGUUUCAUUUCAAUUAGAGGUUAAUUAAAAAAAAAAAGAAUAAAAACAUUUAUAAUCCCUAGAAAAAAAUAAAACAUUUAUUUUGAUGUAAAUGUAAAUUAGAGUAUUUAAAAGUACAUUAACAGAUUAAGAUCUUAUGCUUUGGUUUGUCAUAACGUAAUUUCCUUGAAAAUCUGAGUUUGAUGUUUUAGCUAUAAACAUGGACAUUUGAGAACAUGAAAAAAAUUAUGUAGGGAUGCUAGUCAUUUGUUUUUUUUUUGUUUUUUUUUGAUGCAGUUCCCUCAAAAUUCUCGGGUUUUUUUUCAAAGGUCUUUUGCAGUUAAUAAUUUUAAUUUUCAAUUGUGAAUGCAAAAGUAAUUGGCAGUAGAACAGCUCCUUGUGAUAGUGGGUACCACAUGAAGGUACAUAUACAUGAAGUUUAUUGUCAUUGUGAUAAUUAAUCCAAUUUGUGAUCAGUCUUCUUUGAUGAUCAAAGUAAGAUAAAGAAUAAUCCUAGGUUGUUUUAUUUCCUCAAAAAUCUCAAGUGAAAACUAAACACAUUCAUACUUACAUACAUGUCAACCUUCUUCUUUUGCCCAUUCAUUUUUCUCUUCUUGGGUGGAAGGGUACAGCACAAGGAGCUGUUGUCUUUUAAUCCCUUAACUCCCAAGACCUCAUUAGUAAUUCUCCUUACUGUCUGCCAAAUAGUUCUUGUGAUGUUAAUUUUGAGAAUUUGGUAAUGCAUCAACUAAUAAUUCCCUAAUUAAUAUUUUUAUUUAUUCUCAUCACUUGUCUCUUUGAUAUUGUAUUGAUAUUGUAAGGAGAAAUUCUGACUUGGUCACUCAUGGGAGUUAAAGGGUUAAAAUGUUCUAAUCAAGGGAAUUACUUUAUACAGAUGGAGUGGGAAAUAAGUGAAGUAAACCAUUAGAAUUUGUUGACACUUGAGUGAGGUGAAGGGUAAAGCCUUUUAAUAUUUUCUUUUGGUUCUGGGCAACACCUCUGGACUCUUUUGUUGACAAUUUUCUUGAGGUUUACUUCAUUACAUUUAUAUGAAAAUUGGUAGAGGAGCAUUUUUAUAUACCGGUGGUUACAGUGGUGCAAGUUGUAAAGGAUAUUGACUUAAAGAAAUUAGACUUUCACAGAUUUGGCUCUGAUAUUGUUCAUAAUUGAACGCUUUAUUUGUUACCAGGCUGGUCCUUUGAGGAGUUUUAUCACUUGUAAAAAUACAGUUUUAUAUGCAAGGUGUGGUUUGUCAUUUCUUAUCACUGAAAGUUAAGGGUUCAAAGAAGUAAUCUGAGUGUAUGAGUUUACAGGGGCCCAGGAUAAGGAACUUUACAAAAGAAGCUGAAAUUUUUUUUUCACAGAUGACGCUGAUACAGCAAAAGCGAAAAUUUUUGACAGUUUUAUUUUACAAUUGUAAAGUCUAAGCGAUAUUGAUCCAUUUCUCUUGCUGUAGCCAUGGCAAUAAAUUUUAACCUGAA